CAGCUGUUUUACAUAACCUGCUAAAAAUUAUUUUGAUUUAGGGAGGCUAUCACAAUUCAAUCGGAGCCAAGAAAAUAUUAAAAUAAAAUGUCUUUUUUGUAUAAAGCCACCAGACUCAACCUAACUACAUGUCUGAGACAUGCCGCAGUGGGUCAACGUUACUUUUCCGCCACCACCACAGAUGCAACAGAAACAGUUGGGGAAUCGAAUGAAAAGAAAGGUUUUGCCAAAGCUUAUGAAAGCCAUACGGAGGCCCUGAAACCCAAGGAGUUGCCGGCCGAUAAUGCAACUUUCGCGUCCCUGUUGAGGAACUCAAAAUUUAUUGAUAUGGGUGAUCCCGAGGGCAAGGUGGUCAGUGGUAAAAUCUUCCAUGUUGUCGGCGAUGAUUUGUACAUUGAUUUUGGCUGGAAAUUCCAUUGUGUCUGUACCAGACCUCAACGUAAUGGAGAUGAUUAUGUACGCGGUUCCCGUGUCCGUCUAAGGAUUAAAGAUUUGGAAUUGUCGACGAAAUUCUUGGGUUCUAACAAAGAUUUAACAAUUCUCGAAGCAGAUUGUCAAUUGUUGGGUUUGAUUUCCUCUCCCGCUCGGCAGGCUACUAUGAAGUCUGUGGUCCAAGAAGUUUAAGGAAUAAAGAAAAUAUGUUGAUUUUAAACAUAA